GGCGCGGCGGCAAAUGGCGGCGGGUGUCCGGCCCUUCCUCAGCACCGCCGCCGGGCACACCCCUUCCGGGCCCCGCGCCUCUAGCAACGGCGGCCGACUCUUUCGGUCUCUCUGAGGAGUCGGGGUCUCGGAUGUCAGAAGAGGGUGCAGGUUCCCGGGAACACCAGGAGGGGAUGGAACAAGCCUCUAAUGAGCACCAGGUACCGGAAAUAAGCUUCAGCCAGAGAUAUGCGGAGGGACAGGACUCUCACCAGGCGCAGGAGGCAAGACAAAGCAUGAAUCAGUCCAAAGCACUGGGAUUUGACCUUUACCAAACACAGGAACCAAGAAGUGCCUAUCAGACAUAUGGAGUAGGACAAGAGCAUUACCAAGCCUAUGAAGAUGGGCAUGGCCCCUAUCAACCACAUGAACCCGGUUAUGGGCUCUAUCAACCAGGAUACAGCCCAUAUGAUGAUCAAAUACCAGAUCCCGAAGCCCGAAUGCUGGCAAUUCAGAAUGCAAAAGCCUACUUGCUGACGAGCAGCACAACAUCUGGCCUGAACUUAUAUGAUCAUCUUGCUAAUACGCUAACAAAGAUCCUGGAUGAACAGCCCACAAAUGCGGUAGACAUAAUUGAGAAUAUCAGCAAGGAUGUGAAGUGGGCUCAAUUUCAGAAAAAAAUGGAUACUCUUCGAGAUGAACCUGCAAUGCUUCCAACAUUUGAAUCUGCAGAAAGGCGUAAAACUUUGUUCCUCAAGGCAUAUGAAGAAGGAGAUGAAGAACUAGAAGAAAAGAUAGGAGAGACUCCUCUACCUAACGUGAUGGAAACAGCCUUUUAUUUUGAACAGGCUGGAAUUGGCUUGAGCAAAGAUGAAUACUAUCACAUAUUUCUUGCCCUUAAAAAACUAAUUAGUGCUCAGCCAAUCCAGACAUGUCGCUUCUGGGGCAAAAUUUUGGGCCUGGAGAUGAACUAUAUUAUAGCUGAAGUACAAUUCCAGGAGGGAGCAGAGGAGGAGGAAACAGAAGAGGAAGAAGUUACUGAUGAAGGAGAGAAAAGGAUGGGUGAAGUCGAAGAUGAAGAUGAGGAGAAAGAAAAAGAUGAACCACCAAAGUCUACCUAUAAGCCCCCACCUGUCAUCCCAAAAGAAGAAAAUGGAACUGGGGCUAAUAAAUAUGUCUACUUUGUUUGCAAUGAGCCUGGCAAACCCUGGGUGAAGUUGCCUCCAGUGACACCAGCACAGAUUGUCUGUGCCAGGAAAAUCAAGAAGUUCUUCACUGGUAGGCUGGAUGCUCCUAUUGUGAGCUUCCCUCCUUUCCCUGGAACUGAGGCCAACUACCUGCGUGCACAGAUAGCUCGGAUCUCAGCAGGAACCCACGUCUGUCCCAUUGGAUUUUACCGGUUUGCGGAGGAAGAAGGAGAUGAAGAUGAGGAAGGGGGAGGAGGAAGAGAUACAUAUGAAGAAAACCCUGAUUUUCAGCCUCUUUCUGUGGCUGAAAUGGUGGAGUCUCUCUCCACAUGGGUACACUAUGUGCCGAGUAUUUUAAAGCAGGGUCGUUGUGUUUGGAUUAACUCUUUACAAAAAUCAGAGGAAGAAGAAGAAGGUGAAGAGGAGGAGGAGAAAGAUGAGGAGCCAGAUGAACUACAGCAAGAAAUAGGACCUCCCCUUCUCACUCCACUCUCUGAAGAUGAAGGAAUUCAAAACAUCCCUGCUUGGACAGCUCAGCCUUCUACAAACCUGAUCCCUCAAUAUGCUGUUGCAAUCCUUCAAUCUAACCGAUGGCCUGGAGCAUACGCCUUUGCAUCUGGCAUGAAAUUUAAUAAUAUCUACUUUGGCUGGGGUCACAAGUACAGUCCAGAAAACCAUACACCUGCACUGCCUGGGACAGUGCAAAAAGAAUACCCCGAUGGGCCAGAGAUCACCGAGGCCACAGACCCAGCAGUGGAAGAGGAGCUGGCUUUCAAGGCUGCAAAGGAGAAAGCCGUAGCCGCAGCUGAGAAGAAGAAGAACCGGAGGGUGAUGAAGAGGAAGACAUGAUUAAAAUAUAGGAAACAAGAAUACUUAAAAAGGUUAAAUAUUUAUAGGGUUUUAAUAAAUAGAUCGUAAAUGAGUUGAUCUUAAAUGUAAGCGGGAGAUGCUUAUUUUGGGGGUUUCUGUAGGCUCCUUGGAGCUGCCUCUCCCAAAAAGAUGAAUAGUAUUUUAAUAAAUAGAUCGUAAACAAGUUCAUCUUAA